UGUGGUGGACUGUCUGCUCAAUUUGACACUACAUCGACCGGUCAGUAUCUGAAUGUCAGAGGGAGACACGUGGUUACCGUUAUUAGAGCCAAAUGACAUUCAAUUCAUCAGAUGAGCAGCGAUUGUAUCAAGUGAUGAUUUAUGUUUCAAUGACAAGUUCUACAAACUUCAUGGAAAAGGAUGCUACAUAAAAUCUCUGCUCAUUCUAAUGCAACAGUAAAACAAGAAGUGUGCUGAGGGAUCGAAACCAUGACCCUUGGCUUUCUGGUCUACCACUCUGUUGAUUGAGCUAGGGGAACCCCCCUAUUGUGAAAUUGAUACAUGUAGAAAGUGAAUAAUAUCACUGGAAUCCUGGCUUAUCAGGAACUUAAAAAUGUAGUCUGCAAACCAGAUAACAAACUGUGGACAAGAACAGAACAUAAUAUUUAAUAAACAGUAGAAUGGAAUCAGGAUUUGAAAAGGACUUGGUAGAGGCAUUGAAGACUGUUGUAAAGGGAAGCAACUGGCAAUGUCUUGGAGAUGUAGAUCAGCUAAAAAUGUCAAAAUGUAGACGUCUGUAUACAGAAGAAGGAGAUGAUUUGGUUCUGGUCAGUGUUCAGGCUGGAAAACAGUUCUUUGUGUUAGAUGCCUCUUGUCCACAUGAAGGAGGUCCUCUGGAUGAGGGAGACAUUGAAGACAUUGACGGACGCUGGGUCGUGCUGUGUCCGUGGCAUUCAUACGAUUAUGAUUUAGAAACUGGGCAGUCCUCCUCUGGUUUAGUGCAAGACACCUAUCCAGUGGAAGUUGUGGAAGGAAAAGUUUAUGUCCACACUGACAGAAAUGUCUCACUAAAGCCAGCCAAACCAGCACAGGUAACAACAGAUCUCACUGAUACCAGUAGUAAUGUAACAGUACAGGAGAAUGACAACAGUCUGACAUACUGGGCCGUCAAAGUUCUACAGACGUCAAAUCCUGAGGAUAAGGCAAAACUGACUUUGAAGAUUGGAGAGCUCUGGAGGUCAGGGGAGAUCACUGUGAUAGGUAAUCAUUCCCCACCUGACCAGCCUUCUCGUGACCCUCAACUCAAUAUAGUAGCUCCGGGGAAAGAGAGGAAGCGUGGGAAAGGAGCGACACAGAGCAGUCGCAUUUCCAACCUCCACUCCCUGGCCAACAUAGAACAGUGGGCCAUCGACUUAUCCUGGGAUAUAGUGGCUCGCUUCCGAUGUUUGGCCAGUAGUAAUCACACAGAGACUGACCAUACACCAGAUGGUCAAGGGCAACAACUCCCUAAAGAAUUUUUUGACGAUUUUGUCAAAGUGGCUUGUGAUGAAGCAAAGCAUUUCCUGUUGCUGUCCGAUAGAUUGAAGGAGUUGGACAGCCAUUUUGGUGCCUUAACUGUACAUAAUGGGCUUUGGGAAUCAGCUACAGAAACCAUGGACUGUGUUUUAGCUAGACUUGCUAUAGUCCAUAUGGUACAUGAAGCUCGAGGGCUGGAUGUUCAACCUAAGACUUUAGCCAAGUUUGCCUCCCAGAAGGAUGUGAAAUCAGUUGAUGUCCUGAAGGUGAUUUACUCCGAUGAGAUAACACAUGUGGCAGCAGGACUGCGAUGGUUUACCUAUGUCUGUCAACAUCAUAGUCCACCAUUGGAGUGUAUUCCAACCUUUCAUGACAUGGUAAAAAAACAUUUUCGUGGAUAUUUGAAGCCACCAUUUAACACCGAGGGUCGUGGUACAGCUGGUAUGGGACCUGAGUGGUACAUGCCUCUUAUCAAACCACAAAGCUGACCCAUGGAGGACACUGUGAUCUCGCCCCUACCGUCACCAACAUCCAAGGCUGAAACUGCCUAAAAGAUGUAAAACCGCAUCUAGUUACUUGUAGCCAUUGGAAAUAAUUUGCGAUGGUGCAAAACCACAAUUUUCCAUAUGUAAAUUUCUCAUUUGCAUAUGAAGCCCACACAUUGAUAAUUAAGGACAUCAUUGACCUAAAUUGACCCCAAAAUAUCAUGACAAUACAUCUUGAAGAAAGAAUACUAAGAUACACUGGUGUCAGGUGGGCAGACUGAACAAGAUUGAUGCUAAGAUGAUGUUUGGUAUUUACAUAGGUGGUGUACCAAGGUGGUGUACCAAGAUGAUGAUGAUGCAUGUCCUUAUAAGAUCCAUUGAUGUCUCUAAAUGAGAUCUAAAUAUUGAUUUGGAUGGUGGGGGUGAGGAAGUGUAACAGUUAUUAUUAGCUCACCUGCUUGAAGGCUCACCAUGUUUGUGUAAAUAAAUGACCUUGACCUUCAAUCAUGGUCACAUGAGUAAAAUAGGCUUAAAUCUUUAAACAACUUCUUCUCAAUAACCGAGAGAUACAGGGACUUGAUAGAAGGCCUGUAGCAUCCUGGGGUGAAGGGCCACUAAGCUUGUUCCAAAGAAUGACAUUGACCUUCAUUCAAUGUCUCAAAGGUCAAAUAGGCUAUAAUCUUCAAACAAUGAUUAUGCGAUAGCCAAGUAUCACCAAGACCUGAUAUUAGGCCAAUAGUAUACUGGAAUGAAGGACUAGAAAAUUUAUUGACAAAGAAACCUAGUUCACACUGAUAUUUGAAUAACGUGGUAAACAGCAUAGUAUCUGCAGAAACGUCCUCAAUCUACUUCAAAGUUGCUUUAGAGCCAGAUGAGUGAUACAGGCCCAUUGGGCCUCUUGUUGAUUAAUAUGAUGAUGUAUAUUGUACAUGAAAAUAAAGAGAGAAAAAACAUAUAAUAAAAUUGUUAUUCUAAUAUUUCAACGGAGACCUUGAUAUAUCUCAGAAGCAUGUACAUAUAUAUGUUGUUCAGCAGGGAGUUUUCUUGUUUAGCUAUAAGAUUUAGGCUGGUGAGUUUACCUGUUUUAGCUAUAAGAUUUAGGCUGGUGAGUUUACCUGUUUUAGCUAUAAGAUUUAGGCUGGUGAGUUUACCUGUUUUAGCUAUAAGAUUUAGGCUGGUGAGUUUACCUGUUUUAGCUAUAAGAUUUAGGCUGGUGAGCUUACCUGUUUUAGCAUUAAGAUUUAGGCUGGUGAGUUUACCUGUUUUAGCUAUAAGAUUUAGGCUGGUGAGUUUACCUGUUUUAGCUAUAAGAUUUAGGCUGGUGAGUUUACCUGUUUUAGCUAUAAGAUUUAGGCUGGCGAGUUUACCUGUUUUAGCUAUAAGAUUUAGGCUGGCGAGUUUACCUGUUUUAGCUAUAAGAUUUAGGCUGGCGAGUUUACCUGUUUUAGCUAUAAGAUUUAGGCUGGUGAGUUUACCUGUUUUAGCUAUAAGAUUUAGGCUGGUGAGCUUACCUGUUUUAGCAUUAAGAUUUAGGCUGGUGAGUUUACCUGUUUUAGCUAUAAGAUUUAGGCUGGUGAGUUUACCUGUUUUAGCUAUAAGAUUUAGGCUGGUGAGCUUACCUGUUUUAGCAUUAAGAUUUAGGCUGGUGAGCUUACCUGUUUUAGCUAUAAGAUUUAGGCUGGUGAGUUUACCUGUUUUAGCUAUAAGAUUUAGGCUGGUGAGUUUACCUGUUUUAGCUAUAAGAUUUAGGCUGGUGAGCUUACCUGUUUUAGCUAUAAGAUUUAGGCUGGUGAGUUUACCUGUUUUAGCUAUAAGUAUUUACUGUAUGUAUCGGGCAAUAGACUCAUUCCCAGUAAUAAACUUAAGAUAUUAAGCCAUCUCUACUUCUGAUCUCCACCUGGGGGUACCCAGUAAUAACCACACCACAUGGACCCAUCUCCCACUUUGUAGGCCUUCGCUGCCGUCAACCUUGUAUAAUGAACACUGGACCUGAUAAUUUGUUAAAAUAUAGAUAUCUGAUUAUGUAUAUAAAAUAGGCUGCAUGGUAUGUACAUAUGUAUGAACACGGACGUCAUAAUUUGUUAACAGUAUAGAUAUCUGAUUAUAUAUAUUAAAUAGGCUGCAUGGUAUGUAAUAAGUUUGACAGCAUAUAGAAAUGUCUAACAUAUGAUGACAUUUUAAAUUAUACGUUUUUGUUACUGGUUGAAUACCAAACCUUUUAAUUUGACAAGAUCAUGUGCACACUUCCACAUGUCAAAUAAAGCAUUUCAAUUUCAGCCAU